CUGUCGGUGCUGGUGGAGGCCAUGACAAGACUGCUGAAAAAGCGGCCAGAGACUUUCCUGAUCAACCCCAGGGAGGCGAUGGAGCGGAGCAAGGCCUGCUACAAGAUGGGCGAUGUUGUGCCGAAGUGGCAGGACGGGGAGAGACUUGCCAGGCACAUAAGGAAGGUUGAAAUGGAUGGUUUGACUGGACACAUCCUGUUUGACGAUGUUGGAAAACGUCGUGAGUUUGGCGUAGAUGUGGUGGAAAUGACCAUGCACAGCGAAACAGUCAAGAUUGGUGGAUGGAAAGAUGGCGUGGGGUUCACAGCAGUUCCUGCCAAGUACAAGAAAGUUCAGGCAAACAACACAUUAGCUGCUGAUAAAAUCUACAUUGUCACCUCAAUUUUGGUUGAAAUGGAUGGUUUGACUGGACACAUCCUGUUUGAUGAUGUUGGAAAACGUCGUGAGUUUGGCGUAGAUGUGGUGGAAAUGACCAUGCACAGCGAAACAGUCAAGAUUGGUGGAUGGAAAGAUGGCGUUGGGUUCACAGCAGUUCCUGCCAAGUACAAGAAAGUUCAGGCAAACAACACAUUAGCUGCUGAUAAAAUCUACAUUGUCACCUCAAUUUUGGUAAGAAAAGGCGGGUUCAUUACACCGCCGACUGAGUUUAUUACUCGCGUUUUCGCUGAACCCAGGAGCCGACGCGAAAUAAGGGAAUAUUGCCAGGGAUCAUCUCGGGAGCGGACAAAAGGCGGAGGAAGGUCUUGGACGGAGCCAUACCUCAUGCUGAAGAAGCCCGAAGACGGAGAGGUACUUGAAGGCAACGAUCGAUACGAAGGCUACUGCAAAGACCUCAUCGACCUCAUCGCUCACGAGGUGGAUUUUAAAUGGUAUUUGCUGAUGAACCCCGCUCUCUGUGUGAAUGUACUCUUGGUACCUGCAGCAUUCCUCUGGUGA